GCUAAGUUUUCUUUCUUUCACUUCUAUAUACAUAAACACAAACUCAUUAGACCAAAACAACACUUACCAAAAUGGACUUUCUUCUAAAACUCCUUUUGUGCUUAAGCAUUCUAUGCAUCAAUAUGGCUUCUUCUUCAUCAUCACAUAGAAAACAAUUAGAGAAAGGAUUUGUUGGUGGUAUUGAAGAUGAGAAACAGAAUCCAGUUGAUGAAAAUGUUCUUCAGAAACAUGCUGCUUUCUUUGAUCUCAAUAAAGAUGGUCUUAUUUAUCCAUCAGAGACUUUCCAAGCAAUGCGUGAAAUUGGGAGUGGGGUGAUGUUAUCAACUGCAGCUGCGGUUUUCAUCAAUGGGCCCCUAAGUCAGGCUACUCGCCCUGGAAAACUCCCAUCUCCACUUUUUCCAAUUGAAGUUAAGAAUAUCAAACUAGGCAAACAUGGCAGUGACACUGGAGUUUAUGAUAGUGAAGGAAGGUUUGUUGAAUCAAAGUUUGAAGAAAUUUUCAUCAAACAUGCACAUACACAUCCAAAUGCUUUAACACAAGAUGAGGUCGAGGAGUUGAUAAAAUCAAACAGAGAUCCUAAAGAUAUCCAAGGAAGGACUGGUGGCUUUGUUGAAUGGAAAGUUCUUUACCAACUUGCAAAAGACAAGAAUGGUUUACUUCAGAAAGAAACAAUUCGCGGUGUUUAUGAUGGAAGCUUGUUUGAAGUGCUCAAAAAAGAACAUUCAAAGACAAUUAAUGCAGCCUAGUUAUAAUUUAUCUAUGUAAACAAAUAUAAAAAAGUUUGUUUAUAGAAUGAGAACCGCUAUGCUUACACCAAAUUGUAACACCGUAGUUUGAAGCACUAUUUUGUAAAUGGCAAAAAUUCCAAUGCAUAUGAUAAUAAUAAAAUAAGAAAAAAUAAUAGAUGGAACCGUAUAUAGAUACGGUGUAAAUGUCA